GGCCGAUUACUGGAAAUCUCAGCCAAAAAAAUUCUGCGAUUACUGCAAGUGCUGGAUAGCAGACAACAGACCUAGCAUUGAAUUUCACGAAAGAGGAAAGAAUCAUAAAGAAAAUGUGGCAAAAAGAAUUAGUGAGAUUAAAAAGAAAAGCUUGGAAAAAGCGAAAGAAGAAGAAAACAUGUCAAAAGAAUUUGCAGCAAUGGAGGAGGCUGCAAUGAAAGCAUAUCAAGAGGAUUUGAAAAGGCUUGGAAUUAAGCCAGAUGAUGUAGGUCCCAGCUCGACACAGAGUAAAACACAGAAUAACACAGUGGAAACUAAAGGAAAGAAAGAAAAGAAAGAGAAGAAGGAAAAGAAGGAAAAAAAAGAAAAGAAAAAAAAGACACCUCAAGACACCUCUGUGCCACCAAAAAUUGGAACGAAGGAGUGGGUGCAAGGAUUUUCUCCCGAAGGCUAUACAUAUUACUACAACACAAAAACAGGAGAAUCACAGUGGGAGAGACCUAAAGGAUUCCAAGGCAACUCUCAAAACUCACAAACGGCAGCAGAGUGGGUAGAAGGUGUCACUGAAGAUGGUCAUACCUAUUACUACAACACCCAGACAGGAGUAUCCACGUGGGAGAAACCGGAUGGUUUUGUUUCAUCUUCAAAUGAGAAGAGUCAACGUGACAAGCGUUCCGAAGAGCUUGCAGAAACAGAUUCCAGAGCAUCUGAAUCAGACUCAGAAGAUAGUGAAAAUGAAGCACAGAGUUCAGAAACAAAUUUCAAGAGGAAAGGUGAAGAAUCAGAGGAAGGGAAAAAAUCUUCCAAAGCUAAGAAGUUAAGUCCUUAUGGCAAAUGGCGAGAAGUUAAGCCAGAAGAAACUGUUGAUAAAAAGGGGAGUACAUCACCUUCCCAAGAAACAUCUAGUGAUGCACCUAACAAGACCAACCCCUAUGGAAAAUGGAAAGCAAUUAACGCAGUAGAAGAAGAAGAAAAAGAAGAAGAAGAAGAACCAAGUGAAAAAGUGGACCUGGAGCUUCCUAGUACAGAGAGUGACAAUCUACCACCUCCAGUGCUAGAGGUUCCAGAAGAUGCAACAAUGAUCUUUAAAGAGAAAACAGUCACCUCCCUUGGAGAUCUGACAGAAGGGGUGCCAACAUUUAAAAAGAGGAAAUUUGAAAAUGGAAAAUCUAGAAACUUAAGACAAAGACUAAGUGAUCAGUAA